UGGUGUCCCGGGCCGCCGCGGCCGCACGAUGAGCGACAUCCGCCACUCGCUGCUGCGCCGGGAUGCGCUGAGCGCCGCCAAGGAGGUGCUGUACCACCUGGACAUCUACUUCAGCAGCCAGCUGCAGAGCGCGCCGCUGCCCAUCGUGGACAAGGGCCCCGUGGAGCUGCUGGAGGAGUUCGUGUUCCAGGUGCCCAAGGAGCGCGGCGCGCAGCCCAAGAGACUGAAUUCGCUUCAGGAGCUGCAGCUUCUUGAGAUCAUGUGCAAUUAUUUCCAGGAGCAAAGCAAGGACUCUGUGCGGCAGGUUAUUUUCUCAGCCCUUUUCAGCCCCCAAGGGAACAAAGCAGAUGACAGCCGGAUGAGCUUGUUGGGAAAACUGGUCUCCAUGGCUGUGGCCGUGUGUCGAAUCCCAGUGUUGGAAUGUGCAGCCUCUUGGCUCCAGCGGACGCCUGUGGUCUACUGUGUGAGACUCGCCAAGGCCCUUGUGGAUGACUACUGUUGUUUGGUGCCAGGCUCUGUUCAGACACUGAAGCAGAUAUUCACUGCUAGCCCACGGUUCUGCUGCCAGUUCAUAACAUCUGUCACCGCACUGUAUGACCUUUCAUCAGAUGAUCUCAUCCCACCUUUGGACUUGCUUGAAAUGAUUGUCAACUGGAUUUUUGAGGACCCGAGGUUGAUUCUCAUCACUUUUUUAAAUACUCCAAUUGCAGCCAAUCUGCCAAUAGGAUUUUUAGAGCUCACGCCCCUCAUGGGGCUGAUACGCUGGUGCGUGAAGGCCCCUCUGGCUUACAAAAGGAAGAAGCCCUGCCUAACCAACGGCCAUGUCAGUCACAAGGUUGCCAAGGACACAGGCGUGGGCCUGGACAGAGACUCGCACCUCCUGUACUCAAAACUCCACCUCAGCGUCCUGCAGGUCCUCAUGACGCUCCAGAUACACCUGACUGAGAAGAAUCUGUAUGGGCGCCUGGGGCUGAUCCUGUUUGACCAUAUGGUCCCACUGGUCGAGGAGAUCAACAGGCUAGCAGAUGAACUGAACCCCCUCAAUGCCUCCCAGGAGAUCGAGCUCUCACUGGACCGUCUGGCCCAGGCCUUGCAGGUGGCCAUGGCCUCGGGAGCCCUGCUGUGCACUAGAGAUGACCUGAGAACGCUGUGCUCGAGGCUGCCCCAUAACAACCUUCUCCAGCUGGUGAUCUCGGGCCCAGUACAGCAGUCACCCCACACGGCGCUCCCCCCUGGGUUCUACCCUCACAUCCACACCCCCCCACUUGGCUAUGGGGCCGUACCAGCCCACCCGGCCGCCCAUCCUGCCCUGCCCACACACCCCGGGCACACCUUCAUCUCAGGCGUGACCUUUCCAUUCAGGCCCAUCCGCUAGGCCCACCCCUUCGAGCCUCCACGUGGCAAUGUGCCUUUGCACCUGAGUUGAGGAGCCCUCAGAAAGCAGUGCUGGCCCCGUGGGAGAGGACCCUCGGAGGCCGCGUGUGCCCCACCGGCAGGCAGAACCAUCUUGGUACGGAAGUCAAAGUCACUGUCAUCGAGAGCCUCCUACCUGGUCAGGUUACAAAUCCAGAUCGGAUGGACGGAAGGGGAGUGUGAGCCCUGUGCGUGGAGUGUUGCGGGUGGUUUUAGCGACACCAGCCCCGUGACUGACGUGAAGUCACUCAAGCACACAGACGCGCACACUCUGAGCCUGCGCCUGGGGUGCUGGUGGGGAAGCUGGCCGCCAGUCCACCUGCCUGGCCUCGCUGGAACGAGUGUGUCUGCUGCUAGCUCGGGCUCUGCGGCUCCGUGAGCUCAGCGCAGGACAGCGGGACCACGCUUGCUCGCAGCACUGGGCACUGCUCAGGGACACUGUUGGGAAUCCCCAUCAUCUCGGAAGAAAUUCAUGUGUUUGAUUGGGGGGGUCUCUAAAUUUCCCUUUCAUAUGUUCAAAUAAAUUUUUCUAAACAGUU